AUUUCUAUUUCUGUUUUUUUCAUUUCCAGUAUCUAGAAAUAUAAAUGAUUUUUGUAUCUUGACCUUAUUAUGUCUGCUACCCUAGUAAACUCAUUAGAUCUAGGAGCUUUUUUUAUAGAUCCCUUGGGAUUUUCUAUGUAGAAAAUCAUGUCAUCAAUGAAUAGACACAGUUUUACUUUUUAUUUUCCAGAUUUCUAUGCAUUUUGUUUCUUUUUUCUUCUUCUGUUCCACUGGCUAGGACCUCUAAUGUGAUGAUAAAUAGGAGUGAUAAGAACAGACACCUUGCCUCAUUCCCAGUCUUAUAGUAAAAGCAUUCAGUCUUUCAUCAUUAACCAUGAAGCGGCCUCUAGGCUUCUGUGUAGAUACUCUUUUUCAGGUUAAGCUAUUUCCCUCCUUUUCCUAAUUUACUGAGUUCUUUUUUUUUUCUAAUUAUGAACAGAUACUGGAUUUUGUCAGAUGCUUUUUAUUUUUUUUCUUUAGUCUUUUGAUAUGGUGAAUUUCAAUAAUUAAUUUUUUUAAAAUGUUGAACGAGUCUUACAUUCAUGGAAGAAGGCAUACUUGGUUGUGACUUAUUAUUCUUUUUAUAUAUUGCUGUGUUUGUAACAGUUAUUUUAAAAAUAAUAACUGAAAUAGGUGUUGUUACUACUUAAAUUCUGGAAUACCUUUAAAAAUCAUAACUCUCUUCUCUGUUUAUUAAUUCAGCCAACAAAUAUCUGACAAUUAUUGUGUGCUAGACAUUGUUUUAAGUGCUGCAGAUUAGAAUAUUGAACAAAAUUGAGUUCUGCCCUUAGACUAUAUUACUUUCUAGAAUGUAAUAUAAAGUCAGGUUCUGACAUUAGCACCCCGAGGAACAAUAAAACAGUGUAGGGGAAUGGAGAAUCAUGAAGUGAGGGGCUAAAGCUAUUUUAAAUAAUUAAUCAAGGCAGGACUCUCUGAGGAAGUGACUGUAGAGCAGAAACAUGAAUGAAGUGAGGGAGCUAGCUAUCUUAUUUGUGGAAAUUGUUCCAGCAAAUAUGAAGUCCUGAAGCAAAGACUUGUUUGGUGUGUUUCAAGAAUAACACAGAGGCUAGUGUUUAUGGAGUGCAGUAACCCAUAGAGAUAGUUACAGGAGGCUAAGUAGUCAGGGACUUGAUAGUGUAGAACUUUGUAGGCCAUGGUAAGAAAAACUUUGGAUUUUAAGUAUAAUGGCAACCACUUAUUUUUCAACAAAUAUUAAUUCAGUAUCUGCUAUAUGUUAGAUACUUUUGCGUCUUGACAACAUACUAGUUAACAAAUAAUGAAAAAUCCAAGCAGUUGUAGAUCUUAGAAAUGUUAGUAAUAAGUGUAGUUGUUUACGUUAAUAUGGAGGUAGUCAGAAGUGGUAGAGUUUAGAAGGAUCAGUUAGUAAGCCUUGUUUAUACACAGUGAUUACAUAUUUAGGUAUUUUAAAAAAUUGGAGUAAAUGGACUUGAGUUUUAUGCUAAAACUAUAUGAACAUAAUUUAACCUUUUUUAAUAAUAGGAAAUAGUUAUUUUCCUGAGUUUCUUUUGGUUGCAAAGUAGAGAGACUUUCAGGCUAGGGUUUUUUAAUAAGGAUAGAGUCGGGAGUAGAAUACAGAAGAACUUCAUGGAAAUCCUAGAAUAGGAACUGUGAUAUGGCUGGGCCUUCCAGAGUCCAGGAUCCCCAGAUCUUUAUAUCCAAGUGUGUUAAUUAUCUAUUGCUAUGUAAUACAUUACUCCAAAAUUUAAAACAUUUAUUUCACAGCUUCUGGGGGUCAGGAAUUUAGGCAUGGCUUAGCUGGGUGCCUCUGGCUCAAGGUUUCUCACAAGGCUGCAGUCAAAGUGUUGGUUGGAGCUGCAGGCAUCUGAAGGCUUGACUGAGGAAGGAUCUGCUUCUCAGAUCAUUCACAUGGCUAGUUGGCCGGCUUUAGGUCAUUAAUGUCUGUUGGCUGAAGACAAUAGUUCUUUGCCGUGAGGGUCUUCCCAGCUCACAACAUGGCAGCUGGUGCUCCCGAAUGAGAGGGGUGACAAGAUGGAGGCCACAGUAUCUUUGUAACCUAAUGUUGAAAGUGGCAUCCCAUUAUCUCUGCUGUAUUCUGUUUGCUAGAAGCAAAUCACUAAAUCCAGUCCACACUGUAGAGGAGAGGAUUACACAAAGGCAUGAAUACCAGGAGAUGGGUAUUAUUAAGAUCACUUUAGAAGCUGCCUAUCAUACCAAGUUUGCAGUAAUUAUCUGCAGGAUUCGCCAUGACCCCAGCUCUGAGGGAGGCAGCAACAAAGGGUAUCUGCUUUUCAUCUUUACCAAGUACCAUGGAGUCGGACAAGAUGCUAUGCAUGGAAGGUCCAAGAACGGUAGAUGAAAAGCUAAAAGGAGACACUUUCUCUCAGCUGCUGGGAUUUCCAACUCCUGAACCUACUCUUAGCACUAAUUUUGUGAAUUUAAAACAUUUUGGCUCCUCUCAGUCUUCAAAACAUUACCAGACUGUUCUUUUAAUGAGUUCUAAUGCUACAUUAAAUAAAUACAGUGAGAAUUAUAAACAAAAGAAAUUAGGGGAACCCCACUGCAAUAAGCUGAAAAACAUACUGUGUAAUGGUAGCAACAUUCAGCUCAGUAAAAUCUGUCAUUCUCAUUCUGAAGAGUUCAUCAAAAAGGAACCUCUGUCAGAUACCAAAAGUCAGUGCAUGACAGAUGUACAAAUUAUUUUGGAUUCAAAUAUAACCAAAGACACUAAUGUAGAUAAAGGACAACUGAAAAACUGUAAGUGGUACCAAAAGAAUGCACUUUUGGAUAAAGAUAGUGACGCUGAGAUUAAAAAGGGUUUAUUGCACUGUGCUCAAAACAAAAUUGGGCCUGACCACUCAAACGUGCCUAUUAGUUCCUCAACUGCUGAAAAAGAGGAGGAAGUGAAUGCUCGUUUACUUCAUUGUGUAAGCAAACAGAAAAUUUUACUUAGCCAAGCUAGAAGAACUCAGAAACAUUUGCAGAUGCUCCUGGCAAAGCAUGUUGUUAAGCACUGUGGUCAGCAAAUGAAAUUUUCUAUGGAACAUCAACUCCCCAAAAUGAAGAUUUUUCAUGAACCUACCACAAUUUUGGAUAACAGUUUACCUAAAUGCACUGAAAUUAAACCAGACAUCAACUUAUUGACUGCAGAGAAUAAAUUGUGGAAUGAUACAAAAAAUGGCUUUGCACGGUGUACAGCUGCAGAAAUCCAAAGAUUUGCACUGUCUGCUACAGGGCUGUUGUCUCAUGUUGAAGAGGGUCUGGAUUCUGAUGCAACUGAUAGCAGCUCUGAUGACGAUUUGGAUGAAUAUACCAUUAGAAAAAAUGUGUCAGUUAACUGUAGUACUGAAUGGAAGUGGCUUGUAGACAGAGCAAGAGUUGGCAGCCGUUGGACGUGGCUUCAAGCCCAGAUUUCAGAGCUAGAAUACAAAAUCCAACAACUAACGGAUGUUCACAGGCAGAUUCGUGCCUCCAAGGGGAUAGUGAUCCUAGAAGAAUGUCGACUUCCAAAAGACAUUUUGAAAAAGCAAAUCCAAUUCGCAGACCAAGCUGUUUCAUUAAACACUACAGGGAAUCCCCAGAUUCCUCAGGAGAGUCAAGAUCCUUUACCAGAGCAAGAUUUUGAAAUGUCACCAAGUAGCCCAACACUACUUCUUCGCAAUAUAGAAAAACAGAGCGCACAGUUGACUGAGAUCAUCAGCAGUUUGAUUGCCCCUCUCAACUUGUCCCCAAUGUCAUCACCCCUCUCCUCUAAAUCCUGUAGCCGUAAAUGUCUGGCUAAUGGCAUUUCCAGGAGUGCUUCAGAGAAUUUAGAUGAGCUCUCUUCCUCCAGUAGCUGGUUACUUAACCAGAAGCACAGUAAGAAAAGGAGAAAAGACAGGACAAGAUUGAAAUCUCCAUCCUUGACUAUCAUGAGUACAGCAGCUCGAACAAGGCCACUUCAGAGUUUCCACAAACGAAAACUCUACAGAUUGAGCCCUACUUUUUAUUGGACUCCGCAGACUUUGCCUUCAAAAGAAACAAGGUUUUUAAAUACUACACAAAUGCCUUGCCUGCAAUCAUCUUCAAUUUGGAGCAGCUGUGAACACAAUUCAAAGUCUCAAAUAUUAACAGAACAUGUAUCAGAGUUAGAUUCUUCUUUCCAUUCCGUUCUAUCAUUGCCAUCAGAUGUGCCUCUUCAUUUUCACCUUGAAACAUUGUUAAAAAAGACUGAAAUAAAAGGAGAUCUUUCUGAAAAUAAAUUUGUAGGAGACUGUAUCAUAUCUCCAUCACCUGUACAUAAUACUUCUCUGAAUCAAUGGAGAAAUGGAUAUUCUCCUAUAUGCAAGCCUCAAAUGAGGUCAGAAUCUUCUGCACAGCUGUUACAGGGAAGAAAGAAAAGACACUUGAGUGAAACAGCAUUAGGAGAAAGAACUAGAUUUGAAGAAUUUGCUAUUCAACGCACAGAACCAGGAUCCCAGAGCAAUUUUACUGCAGUUACUAAUGUCAGUGUUAUAUCAAGAACCCAGAAUUCAUCAUCACAAAAUACAGCACGACGACGAUUGCGAAGUGAGAGCUCUUAUGAUAUAGAUAAUAUUGUGAUUCCCAUGUCAUUAGUGGCCCCAGCUAAAUUAGAGAAACUCCAAUAUAAGGAAAUAGUUACUCCAAGCUGGAGGAUGGUUGUUCUUCAGCCUCUGGAUGAAUAUAAUUUGGGUGAAGAAGAGAUAGAAGACCUCUCUGAUGCAGUCUUCUCCCUAAGACACAAAAAAUAUGAAGAGAAAGAGCAAGCCAGAUGGUCACUAUGGGAGCAAAGCAAGUGGCACAGAAGAAACAGCAGAGCUUACAGUAAAAAUGUUGAAGGACAGGACUUGCUUUUGAAAGAAUACCCUAACGACUUCAGUGGUGGGCAGCACAGCGCUGCUGAGAGUCCCGCCGGGCCUCCAGAGAGCCAGGACCCCAGUGCACACGCCUCACCUUCAGUAAGUCAGAGUCAAGAGAUCAAGCCUUUGGGGUGGGAACGACGGGCUUUUCCGCUGAAAGAUGAAGACAUAGCAGCCUUAUUAUGCCAAGAUGAAAAAAAUGAUCAGAUUGAAAGAUCAAGUCCAGCUUUCCAUGGUGAAGUCUUCUGUACCAGUGCACCAGAGAAUGGCCACAAUCCACAAAGGCAGGCGGACGAAAUGGAGGAACACACACAAAACCCUUGGUCUAGGACUUACUCAACUCACGUUAAGAAAAAUCAGUGACAGGGAACAGGUUAAGAAAAUGAUGUAACUGAAUGGGAAAACAGGAGAAAAAAUAAGCCCUGUUCCCCCACCCCCUGCACAGUCACAAUUCCAGAGUAACAGCAUGUAGUGCAGGUGCAUGUAUUAAUCUUUUGUGCUGUUUAUGAAACAGGCAAGUUACGUCUCAUUUUCCCUCCUGAACCACAGGAGUAACUAGCUUUUCACCUACAGACAAGUGCUAGUCAUUUGUGUUUGAUGCAGAUCACAAGCACCAGAAAAUUAACUGCUGCAAUUUGAUGUCAAAGCACAUUACUGGGUAAAUAAUAAUAAUUUUUAAACAACUUAUACCCACACCCACAUAUACCUAUUCAUCAAAUGACAGCUCUUCUUUUUCUAUACACGUGGUUAUUCUUUAAAUUGCCUCAGAAAUAUAUUAAGAAUAUAAAACACGUGUAUAGAGUAUACAUGCAUACAUAAUACACACAUGUAAGUAGUUUUAAAAAACACUGCAAGUGACCACUCCACUUGAAAAUGCACGUAUGAACUACCCCAUGAAAUAUCAGCUGAACCAUAAAUAAAGAGAUUUCCAAUGGUGUUGAACAUCUAUAAGCCUUGACUAUGGAGAAGGAAUUUUUUUAAAAAAACACGUUUAACCGAUAGAAGUUAUUUAUGGAAAUUUCUAUACCAGAAAACACGAUACUCCUUCAUUUUAAAUCACUGAUAUCUGUUGGGUUAAACACAGGUUAUUUUCUAUUCACGCCUAACAGAAUAAGAAAAGCAAAGUAGUUAAAUAUUGUUGUAUUGUAAAACUACCACACCUUUUAAAACUCAACUUGAGUUUUAUCUAUUUUAUGUAUCUCGUGAAGAGAAAACACCCAACUUAAAAUGAGCAACAGACAGGAAAUUCCUGUUAGUAUAUUAUUGUACUUUUAGUUAUUUUGGUCAUUCCCUACCAUUCCUUACUCUAUUCAAAUAAGCAUCUAUCCUAGAGUGAGAAAUAAAAUUUUUAAAAGGUUAAUGCUUCAAUAUUGGAUACUGGAGUGUACAUUAAGUAAAAUUCCUUUUGACACUAUUAUAUCAUUUUGUUAUAUGUAAAAACUGAGGACAAUUUAUAUGAAUCACUUUUUCUCAUGUAAAAAAGGUUAUUCAAGUUGUAGUACCCAUAUAACUGACAAUCCUAGCCAACUGGCCUAAUCUGGGGGAUCUGACACUAAGUUUUUGUUAGGGAUUAGAAAUUGUACUAGUCCCUUUAAAGAAGGAGAAGAAAAAAAUUUCCAGUUCAAUGCUGACUAAUUUUUGCUUGUAGUUUUACCGUACAUUUAUAUUUUAAAAAAGAAAACAAAAUCCAGAACAAACCCAAGUUGUCCAGGCAAAUAAACUCAGAUUUUUUUUGUCAUGACAUAUUAUAAUCUUCUAUGUAAGUUUUUUUAAUUAAAGUUAUUUCUAUAUGC